AUGGGCCCCCGAGUUGCAGGCUUUCUCAUCGGCGGCUUUGUGACGGCGAUGGCAUCUGCCGUCCUCCUGCAGUACGACGUCCUCCGCAAGCAGGAGCUGACCACCAGGAAGACGGAAGAGGUAGUCGUACAAGCAGACAUGAUCGUGCAUCGGUUUCAUGUAGUAGAGGCGGGGUUGCGUACCCUAUCGGAGGGCGUUGAGGCGCGCCACGGCGCGACGUGA